GUGCAUAUAAGAUGCUGCAGGUGGAUGUGAACUUCAUCCCCGGAGAGAGAGUUGAGCUUGAAGCAUCCAGAUGGCUUCCUCAGUGCUGCUCCUUCUUCAGCUGCUCCUGCUGACCUCCCUGGUCUCAGCGUCUCAUCACUGGGGAGGAACCAUAAACAUCGCCUACAAAGGAAGAAACCAUGACGGAACCUUCAGGAUGUCCCUCCGAGCCAGGGAUACCUAUGAUUCCUGUGUUUACAACCACUACUGGUACUGUUACAAUGGCAACUGUGGUAAUAAAACCAGUGAAACCAAAACUAAUAUAGACCAAAGCACCAACAUGCCAACAUCCUAUGAAACCCAAUGGUGUGAAACAGAAACUGUUGAGACGUGGAAGGUACCCAGUGACAAGCCCUUUAACAUCAGGGCAUCUAGCUGCUGCUGGAUCUCAACACGUAACUCAGUUACCUACUGGAGACUUGAUUCCCUCGUGGAUUUUGGGAAAAGAUCAGACACGAUGGAACCAAAUAAAUCACCAAAUCUUGCUAUUCUUCCCACCUUAAGAGUUCCUGAAAACUGCCCGAGAACAUACAAGCUGGCUGCCUUUGAUCUUGAUGGAGACAAAGUCCGCUGCAGGUAUGGGAAUUUACCUGGCUACGAGUGUGACAACUGCUCUCUCCCUUCAGGCUUCCAACUGGACCAGGAUUCUUGUACAUUGCACUACCAGCACACAAAUCAUGACAUCAGAGUCUUUGGUUUUGAGAUGGUGGUAGAAGACUUCCCACACAGCACUAUUGAUCUGUAUUAUUCUGAUGGAUCAAGUGUUCGUAAGCAUCCACUUCCAUCAAGGAGGAAGAGAUCCGCUGUCAGUGCAACUUCACACAUGCCUAUGACUACUACCGCAGCAACAACCACAACAACAGCUGUAUCAACAAGUACUCCAACAACAACCACAACAACAGCUGUAUCAACAACUACUCCAACAACAACCACAACAACAGCUGUAUCAACAACUACUCCAACAACAACCACAACAACUGUAUCCAGUAGCACACAAAAUGUAGCCAAUGGUCCUCUUAGUAAGCGAUCUCUGCAGUUCUCUUUUCUAGUGGACCCUACCACUCCUUCAUGUCAGGAGGGACAUUACCUGCCUAAACUUAUGACUCCAACACCUGCACAUGGAGAACGGAUCGAGGCCGAGGUCAGCAAAGAGAUGGAGAUCAGAGUCAAAGCACAUGCAGCUUAUUCAACAAUCAACAACAUCAUCAUCAGCGGACCAUCAGGCAUCACCAAGCACAGGGACGUUAACCACGACUUUGUCCUCAGGUGGACACCAGUUGAAGAUGAGCUGGGAGAUCAUUUCUCGAUCUGCUUUGUUGUGGAAUCAGUGAAUGGGUCUUCCGUCUAUCAGUCUGAGAUGAGGUGUGUUCUGGUGGUAGUCCGAAAGGCACAAAUUGAAGCCACCGUGACCUGCACUGAAACCACAAUGAAGGUGGAGGUUGAGAAAGAUUCCUUCUUUGGACUCCAGGAGGAACAUCUUCGCCUCAGUGACCCCAGCAACACCAUCUGCAGCCUUGACAAGCUCUCCAACGACACUCACAUAGUCGCCAUCAUCCCCCUCAAUGGCUGCGGUACUGAGAUCGAGGAAGACGAUGAUUACCUCAUUUUCAAGAAUGAGAUCACCACAGUGGAUGAUGACCCGAAUGAGCUGAUCACCAGGAAGCACCUGGUGGAGGCCCGGUUCUACUGCCAGUACCCCAAACGGGGCAAUGUGACCCUGAGCUUCUCAGCACACAGAAAGAACGUCACAGUAUGGGAGAAAGGCUUCGGCAAGUUCACCUACCAGUUCGAGUUCUACCAGGAUAACCAGUUUGGACCCAUUUAUGACCCAAACUUUUACCCACUGGAGUUUGACGUCGGAGACAGGAUCUACAUGCAGAUAGAUGCCAGCACCUCUAUCAACAACACAGAGAUGUUUGUGGAGUCCUGCAGAGCUGCACCGUAUGACAACCCCAACUUCCACCCAACCUACUCUAUCAUUGAGAACGGAUGCAAAGUUGACCAGACUGUGCAGACCCAUCCCACCUCCAACGACAGACAGUUCAGGUUCAGCAUGGAUGCCUUCAAGUUCAUCGGGCUGCAUGAUCAGGUGUACAUCAGCUGCACAGUCAUGAUGUGUGAAGCAGGGAAUCCCAACACCAGGUGCUCACGGGGAUGCAUGAACUCCACAUGGUCCAAUGUCCGCAGAAAGAGAGAGGCUAUGAUCCAGAGUGGAAUGCACUUCGUUUCCCAGGGUCCUCUGCGUCUGAAGCGUGAAGCAGACCUCAGAGGAGGCUCAGCGUUCAACCUGAACCUGAACCUGGUCUUUGUUGCUGGAUGUCUUCUUGUUGCCGUUGGGAUGGUCUGCGGCGUCCUCAUCUACAAAACCAAAGCCUCCAGGGUCAAAUAUGAACCUCUGCCCUCCUACGAAAACUAAAACUGCCGCAUCUGCCAGGCUGCUUGGAUCAUAUGAAUGUGGGAUUCUGGGUAUUUUAGGACCAAUCAAGUCUUUUUAAAAUUUAAUAAUGAAACAAACAGCAAUAAUUUUGCAACCUUUUUUUGUGGAUGCUAAAUUGUAAGCAGAUGCAGCUGGAAAUGUGUGAGUUUUUAAUAAUCAAAAUUGAAGGAAAGACAUUCACUUGGUACUGCAGCUGCUGAGUUAAUGUUCUGUCAUGAAGAUUUGCUAUUUUUCUCCUGUUCUAUAUUACAUUAUGAUAUGAAGAUGGUAGCACAGAUGAACUGUUUGUUUCUCUUCACUUAUAUUUCUCCAAAAUAAAUAAAAAAAAUUAUA